UCCCCACUCCCUCCUAUAACCCCCCUGUGUGUCCCUCUCUCUCCCCCUCACUUGUAAGCCGUCAAUCUAACCAGCCACCCCAUCUGUCUCUCCCUCUCUCUCUCUCUCUCUCUCUCUCUCUCUCAAGUAGUACUAGUCCAAAUAAAACACACAUUCUUUCCUUUCAUUCUUUCAACCCUAGGAGUGCAACAUUUUACAAAGUGAACAUGGAGAAAGAAGUAGGAGGAGGAGGAGGAGGAGGAAUGCAAACGACGAGGACGAGGAGGGCGGAGAUUGAUACGAGGCGACCCUUCCGCUCUGUCAAAGAGGCCGUUGCGUUGUUUGGAGAAAAAGUUCUUGCCGGAGAGCUCUAUGCCUCCCAGCUUAAACAGAAUGAAGCAAAUGGAAAUGGGCAUCACCCCGCAUUAUCCAGAAUUGGAACUGUGACAGCAGAACUAGAGGACACAAAACAAAGCCUCCAGAAAGCCAGAGAAGAAAGUGAGCUCAUGGAAAACUGCCUCUCUUCUCUAAAACAGGAGCUCGAUCGUACAAAGCAAGAGCUCCAGCAACUGAAGGAACGAGAGUACGAAAAACACUUCAUAGAAACCGAGAUUGAAGACGUCAGGAUAUUCGACGAAGACUCGACCAAGUUUGAAACCAAACCACAAGCAUCUAGUGAGGAAGAUGAAAGUUUUGAGUUCCAAAAGAAAAGGUAUGUGACAUUUGCAAAUCCACCUUCCCUUGCGAAAGUGAUGAUUGCGCCAGGAGGUGUUGAGGAAACACUGCAAAGACACCCUUCUCUCAAGAAAAAGAAGAAGCCCUUGAUUCCUCUGAUUGCAGGGAUCUUUUCUAAGAAGAAAGGAAGCUCCCCAGUUGCUUAUGCUUGAUGCAACAUACAGGCACACACACACUUCUUGGUUCCAAGAAGAUUGCAUCCCAACUCUUUUCACCCUUUUUUUGUACAAGUCUAUUUUCUAUGUUUCAGUUCUUUUAAUCCAUUGCAUAUUUGGCUCGGGAUAAGAUAAAACUGUAACAUUGUAUGUCGAUUGAUUAUACCACGUGACUGUGUUCUAGUACUGCAUAAUAAUUUCUUAACGAAAAUACCUAAUAAA